AUGGCGGGCACUCUUUUCUACCUCAUGCAGCAGCAAAGGUGUAUGAAGCUUCUGGUGGAAGAGCUUGACAGAACCUUUGAAGACGUCGAAGAGAUUCGCCUCGGCGAAAAACUCACGAGCUGCGUUUAUCUGCGAGCAUGCGUAGAGGAGGCAUUGCGAAUGGCUUCGCCUGCCCCUGGCGUUGCAGAAAGGACUGUCCUUCGAAACUAUCAGGGAGGAACAGUGAUUGAUGGAGAAUUCUUGGAUGAAGGAACCACUAUCGGCGUGGGAGGUUGGGCCACGAGCUAUAAUCCCAAAUAUAUCCGAGAGCCCGACAGAUAUUGGCCGGAACGACAUAUCGCUGGAGGCGAAUUCUCCGCCGAAGAGGUACAACAAGCACACAAUGCGUACUGGCCCUUCCUUCUCGGGGUGAGGAAAUGUCCCGGUCGGAAGCUCGCGUAUAAUGAACUACAUCUUGUCAUUGCGCGGCUCGUCUACUUGUUCGAAAUCACACCGGAAAACCCUGAAGAGCUGAAGAGGAACUUUGAUAUUCUCGACCACAAUAACCCGAAGAAGAUUGGCCCAUUUGUAUCCUUCAGACUCCGGACAGGCAAACACCUUCCCACCACCAAUCCAAGUGAGAUGCAAGAUGUCAUCGUGGGAGAUGAUGAGUGA